AGAUUGAGGUCCCUGUUCCUACUUCAGUUAAUGUUCAGAUCUUUUAUAAUAAGAAGUAUAAAUUUUCUUGUACUUAUAAAGACUGAAAAUAAAUGUUUGCUCUGGACAGCAAAAGCUUUCGUAGUGAGACAGCAAAAGCUUGGUGUGAGAAUGAAGGGGUAAAAUUAAUCUAAUAGAAUGGAUUGAGCUGUGUUCGGUGGAACGAAUGCAGUUGUUAAUAUUCAACAAUCUAACCUGAAAACUUUGACCUCAGAUAAGUUUAGUGCAUGCGAUCCACUGAACUGUAUAGAACGUAUGUAGUUCAUUGGUGUUGUUUGAUAAGAUAAUAGAGUUCUUGACCCCGAUAAGAUUUCAUUAUUUGGUGACGUCAUGGCUACGGCAACUGCACAAGGUAAAAAAACUGGCUAAGCUACUCGCGUUUUCUAUUUACCUUUCGCGAAUAUGUAGCCACUUAUGUACGAUAGUACUUGUUCAAAACAGACGACAGAAGAACGGCUGUGAAUGAAAUAUUGUCUGGUCAUUUAUUUCCGAAAAAAAAAACUAUAUCAGUUUAAUACUAUCCAUUACUUAUCGAAAUUUUGUUGUUUCGAGAGAUUCAUUCAGCAUAACACAUGACUACUCAACGUCACCAGAGCUAACGCUUCACCAAAAAAAAAAAAAUGCUACCGCUAAGUUUCCAUGCUGUCUGGCCAGCUUGGCAUGCAAGCCGCUAAUGUUAGCGGGCGGUAAUGUUAGCUAGUAUGCCAGCGCUAGCUGCAUUUUCCGCUCUGCUUGAAUAGGAGCGUCGCUCAUGUAAUAAGUUAAACGUGGCGAGCGUCUCGUUAUAGAUAUAUAUGCAUAUAGUAAACAUUCGCGGUUCACUAUUCAAGUCACAUCUGAACCGCGAGGCCCAGAAUGGAGCCAGGGAACUUGCGUGAAAGUCCAGCCGGUUCCGGAGACCCAAAACCCGCCGAAUGGCGGGAGGAGACGCCCGACGGAACGGCGGAGGAAACAUGUGAUAAAGAUCGAGAAGGCGGCGGGGAGAACAUGGACACUUCUGAGAAGACGGACGGGGAAGGUGCGGAACACAGAAGUAUGGAGAAAGUCAACUUGGACAAGAAGGAAGUCCGCAAAUCUGAAGAAUUAGAUCCAAGAAUCCAGGAGGAGCUGGAGCACCUGAACCAGGCGAGUGAGGAGAUCAACGCCCUGGAGCUGCAGCUGGACGAAGCGAGAUCGAGCUACAGGAGGAUCCUGACUGACUCGGCCAGGAAGCUGAACGCUCAGGCCUCCCAGCUGGGCACGUGCAUCGAGAAGGCCAGGCCUUACUACGAAGCCCGGAGACUGGCCAAGGAGGCCCAGCAGGAGACGCAGAAGGCCGCUCUGCGGUAUGAGCGGGCCGUUUCCAUGCACGCCGCCGCGCGGGAGAUGGUGUACGUGGCGGAGCAGGGCCUCAUGGCCGACAGGAACACCAUGGACCCCACCUGGCAGGAAAUGCUCAACCACGCCACCUGCAAGGUGAACGAGGCGGAGGAGGAGCGUUUGCGGAGCGCGCAGGAGCACCAGCGCGUGACCCAGCAGUGCCAGCAGGCCGAGGCUCGCGUGCACGGCCUGCACAACUCCCUGCGCCGCACCAUCCUCAAGUCCAAGCCCUACUUCGAGCUGAAGGCCCAGCUCAACCAGGUCCUGGAGGAGCACAAGUCCCGGGUGUUUCUGCUGGAGGAGCGCGUGUCCAAGGUGAAGACACACUACUCGAUCGCGCUGCGUAACCUGGAGCAAAUCAGCGAGCAGAUCCACGCCCAGAGGGGGCGGGGCCUGGAGGCAGAGGCGGGGCAGUGGGCCCAGGCCAGGGCCAGUGGGGUGCGGAGCUCCCCGGUGGGGGCGGAGUCAGACUCUGGGGCGGAGGAGAAGGGGACGGCCGGACGGUGGCCGUCGGGGAGGCGCUGGGGGGAGGGGGCGGGGCCGGAGGCGGGGUCAGACUCUGCUUCGCUCGUCAGUUUGCAGACCAUCGCCUCGGACCUGGAGAAGUGCGACUCCGUGGAGCACCUGGCCAACCUCAGCGACACGGUCAGCCUGUCAGGGGAGGAGGAGGGGGCGGGGCCUGGCAGGGCGGGGCCGAGCAGGGCGGGUCCUGGCAGGGCGGGGCCGGGCGGAGCCAGGCAGGAGAGGGGUGGCAUAACGGCUGAGGAGGCCCAGCAGAACUUCCUUAAGCAGCACCAGAGGAGCGUUAGCCUGUGAUGGCGGCAGGAAGAGGAAGUGACACGGCGCUGACAGAGGAACACUAACAGACCACUAGGAGAGAGGCUCUGACAUUCGGACUGACACAACUUCCUGUCUGCCACUUUCUGUACGCCACUCCCUGAGCAGCACUUUGCUGGCGGGGGCGGGGGGGAGGAAAUGGAGAGCUGCUUGCGUGAACACUACUCCAUUGUAGAAACUGACAUGGUGGUUCUCGUAAGGGGGAGGGGAGGCUUCUGGGAAGUGUAGUUUUUUCCCUUCCCAUUGUAGUUCAGACGCUGCUGUGACAGAGCCAUGCACAGGAAGAAAGAUGGGGCCCAUCUUGCCCAGUCACACUGAACAUGAGACAUUAUAGACCAUGGUACCUCUGUACGCCACCUUAAAAUUUCCUUUCUGUAUAUAUGUGACUCAGUCAGGACUAAGGCCUGUGUGUGUGCGUUUGUGCGCACGCACGCAGUGAGUGUGUCUGUAUUUAAAUGCAUGGUAAACCUU